UGCUCCUGUUCGGUUUCCCGCUAAUUUUUCCUCCCAUCGCCAUCCCCAAUCUCUCCAUCUCGCCGUCGUAGAUUCUUCCCUCCCCUCUCGGAUUCCGAUGAACGGCCGGGAGGUGAGCCUAGUGACCUCCGCCACUCUCUUCGGGGCGCUCGCCUCCGCCGUCGCUCUCGGCUUCCUCUUCACCUUCGACCCCCUGAAGAAGACGAAGAACAAGAACAAGUACAGCAGCAGCAGCAGCAGCAGUAAUCAGCACGAACGCUCCUCCUCUCCUCCUCCCCUCAGCAAGCCCUGUCCUUUCGAUCCCUCCAAGCGCCAUGGGUACCUGUCUUGGGAUGACUACUUCAUGGCCAUCGCCUUCCUGUCCGCCGAAAGAUCCAAGGACCCCAACAGGCAGGUUGGCGCGUGCUUGGUGAGUCAGAAUGGGAUUAUACUUGGGAUUGGCUACAAUGGAUUUCCCAGAGGUUGUUCUGAUGACAAGCUUCCUUGGGCCAAGAAAUCCAAAUCUGGAGAUCCUUUGGAGACAAAAUACCCAUAUGUGUGUCAUGCUGAGGUCAAUGCUAUCCUCAACACAAACCACGCUUCUGCUGCUGGACAGAAGCUUUAUGUGACGAUGUUUCCUUGCAAUGAAUGUGCAAAGAUUAUUAUUCAGUCAGGAGUUUCUGAAGUUAUAUAUUUCGUGGAGAAGAGGCUCAACAAUUCACAGGUCGAAUAUAUUGCAUCUCACAAACUUCUGUCAAUGGCUGGUGUGAGAGUAAGAAAACAUAGGCCACAAAAGGAACAAAUUUUGAUCAAUUUUGAGGAGGCCAUCGUGUAGCAUUACCCUACAUCUGCUAAUUAAUUUUCAUAAUUUGUUUGGUGUGCCAGUAUUUCAGUAAUUGUACCGCUUCAUUGCAAUACAUAUGGCUUAUGCAUGCAAUAUGGUCAAAUUUUCGGCCCUUUCGUCA